CUAAGGUUCUUUUCCUCUUUUGAAACCCCCAUACGGUACAUACCAUGGAAUGGAGAGAGGUUGAGGCAGUGCCAGUCACGGAUUCAAGGCAGAACACUGUAACAACCUCGGUCGGUACCUACACACUACACUAAAUCCAACCAUCCGCCAUUCGACAUGCCUACAAAUGCUGCGCCUCGGUGAGGUGGACCGCUGCAGGCCGCUGUAGGCCCCCACCAGGACGCCCGAUCCUGCGCCGCCGCUGCAACUACACACCUUAGGUGGUAGGUAGGUCGGUCGCGCUGCCCAACUAUUUCCAUUUGAGUCGCUGAAGCCCCUUGGUCUGGGCUGGCAGGCAAACCAGCUUGGGAUGUGCACUCCGCUCCUUAUCUAAAGAAAAGAGAUGGACGGUCCGCUUGUCGGUUGGCAAAAUGCCGACACCACCCGCGGGACCUUGAGCAUCAUCAAGACAUGUUUGGUCACAAUCUUCGCCUGCACAUGGACCAUCCAGCAUCUCAACGUGCCCGCCGCCCAUGAUGGCGAGUGGCGCAGGUUCUUCCGCGUCUGCAAAUGGAUGCUUGUUACCAUCCUGCUCCCCGAGUUCAUCCUGGCCCACGCCAUUAUGGAACUGGUCCUCGCCGUCGAAGCCAUGAGGCACAUGAAGAGGACCUCUUUUUCCACCCCGGGUUGGGGGCAGAUAGCCGUCGUGUAUCCGCGCUGGCUUGCCCUGCUUGUGGACUCCCCGAACCGCUGGCCUGCCCUCCGCUCCAUGUUGGGCCAGAAACCGGUUGACAGACUUGCCUACGAAGAGCAACAGCGUCGGCCAAGCACCACCUCCAGCAGCCAGCCAAGCACCACCUCCAGCAGCCAGAGCGAGGAGCACCCAUCCCACAUGGUCCGAUGGACCCUGACGCACGCCUACUUCGCUAACAUGGGCGGCUUUGUGUUUUCGCCGGGACCCAUCGCAGUUCCGUUAACAGGCGAAUAUCUGGCUUCGUUCUACGGCCAUUUUGACUUGCCCAAGAUUACCGAAGACGAGAUCAAAGACAGGAGCAAAACGGAUGGGCUCGCCAAAGCUUUCUCUGUCUUCCAAAUAUCUCACCUCGUGCUUUCGCUCAUCGUCCGCCGGAGCCAGGGUCUGCCGAGCUCCCAGCUCGAGAUUUUGACACUCGCUUUUGCAAUCUGUGGCGUCGUCACAUACGCAGUUUACUGGUACAAGCCGAAGGACGUCGCUGUCCCCAUUAGUGUCCGUACCAAGUAUGGUGAAGACGAACCCGGCCGGGCUCUACCCCGUCUGACAACCUUCGAGAGUUUCUGGAGAGUCGUGACCAAUAACAAGGACGACCGCUCCAGGCCGCUCGGCCGCGUUCCUAACGAUAACAUCCCCGUUAACCGGGCCGGCUUCGCGCACACCGCAACCUUUCUCCUGGCCUUCGUCUCGGCAGCGUUCGCCAGCUUGCACGCCGUUGCCUGGGACUUCGAUUUUCCCACCGCGGCCGAAGCAACCAUCUGGCACGUCUGCACCAUCCUCACCAUCACCCUACCUCCGCUAGGCUUGCUAGGGAUCCCGCUUUCUCAGUCCACCUGGCGCCAGGGAAACCCACGGGACUUCCAGUAUGCCACCGUCCGCGUUCUGCGCGAACUCUGUUGGCAGCUCGAAACUGCCGAAGAAAAGAAGAAGCUCAAUUUCAUCCGCGAGAUGUUGGAGGCACAAUACGACACGGGCUUCCGCCCUGCUCGGGAUGGUCACUUCAUCCGCGUCCCCUACGCAAACCUGCUUUGGUCGGCGGGCGAGGUUCCCCACCCCAACGACCAUCUCCGGCAACAGAUGCUCGACUUUGUCGACAAAAGGGGUGCAUUCCAAAACCGCCCCGAUCUCGACCUCCCGCCGGGAUAUAGCUCCAAUCUCCACCGGCUGUUCCAGCUCAUUGACGGCCACGGAUCGAAAAAGAUGGUUGAGGAGGUGGCCACCAUCGGCGUUUUCCCCCGCCGCAGCCUGCUGCCCACUGCCUUCAACAAGUGGCUGGUCUACAUCACCAUGGGUUUGUAUUGCGCCGCUCGCCUCGUUCUGGUGGCCGUAGGCCUAUCGAGUAUGCGUGCUAUGCCUCAGGGGGUUUACCGCUCGACCUGGGCUGACUACUUCCCCGCCAUUUGAUCACCAUCAUCCAGUCAGGGAGCGAUUCAAACGUGCGGUUAAUGUACUUGAACUCGAUAUUCCUAUCCAUACAUAUAAUACCCCGACUCUUAAUAUUACGAAGCCUUCUCUCUAGCUACGUUGCGGGCACGGGUCAUUAUCUUUGGGCGGUGCCGUAUGGGGCUAAGACGGGGGUUUCAGAGGAUUUGGCUGUUGCUGCACUGGUUCCUGGGGAAUGGCGGCAGGCUAGUAGUGGUAAUUCUGCCGGUAGUGUUAUCCGGGCGUGUUAGAGAUAUGUAGUAUAUACUAUGGAGUCUCACCGUUGUUGGUAGCUUACGGGCGCUGUCGAAAACUGUAGAUAUCUGGCUCACUAGCAGACCGUAGAUGAUGUUAACAGCUACAGUGGUAAGGGAGUAGAUCGAGUGCUGUAUCCCCCAAUUUCUUUCUUCAAGGGGCGUUCAAAGAGCCACUUGGUAU